CGAAGCUGGUUUGUCAAAGUAUUGAUGCGGUGGUUUGAAUCACGUUUGAAUUGAAGUGCGAAGCUUCGCAUUUAUUAUUAAUUGUCUUUUGUUUUUACUUAGAGCAUCGUAAUAGAUGAGUGAAGUUUUUAAGUGUGUAAUAAAUAAGUGAAUUUUGUGAUAUUUAGUGUUGAACGUGACAACCAUGGUCUUGGCUGAGAGAAAUAAUGAUGUUCGUAACGGGAAGCGUUCGAGAGGACCAAGCCCUAAUGGGCAUGGAAGUCCAGAUUCAAGUUCCGAAGAAGAAAAUGUAGUGCCAUUUGCAGCUGAGAAAAUAAGAGUUGGACGAGACUAUCAGGCAGUGUGUCCUGAGCUAGAGCCAGUGGAACAAAGAAAACCUGAUCUAAUAUCAGAUAGAGCUUUAUUGGUGUGGNNNNCAACAUCUGAUAUAUCUGAUACUAAGUUGGAUGAAUAUAUAACUACAGCAAAAGAAAAAUAUGGAUAUAAUGGGGAACAAGCACUUGGUAUGCUAUUUUGGCACAAGCAUGAUCUGAACAGGGCAUCUAUGGACCUGGCAAAUUUCACACCUUUCCCUGAUGAAUGGACCGUUGAAGAUAAGGUGCUAUUCGAGCAAGCAUUCCAGUUUCAUGGAAAAAGUUUUCACAGAAUACGACAGAUGUUGCCAGAUAAAUCAAUAGCAUCACUGGUUAAAUACUACUACUCAUGGAAAAAGACAAGAGCAAGAACUUCAUUGAUGGAUGUAGUAAGUGAUGGGCGAAAUGCUACUGCAUCUGGUACUAGUAAAAAGGAUUCCACAGCUAAUUCAGAACCUGGUGGCUCAGACAAAGACUCUGACAAUGAUGAGAAGGGCGACGGCGGUGAGAGUGCGGGCAAAUGGUGUACCGUAUGCGGCAUUCUUUGCUCCCAGACAACGCCACACAACUCGCAGAAACUUUGCCAGGCAUGCCUCGUGCACGCCAGACGCACGGGCAGCAUGAGGCCCCUGUGCGGGCCGGCCGGGCGGCGCGGGCCGGGCUCCAAGCAGGUGCGCUACAAGCACCGCUUGCCGCGCGGCAUUUACAUCAACCACGACGAUCUGGUCGCCAUGGCGACGGGCCCGCAGCCCGGCGACCCGCCCCAGCCCGGCCUCGUUAACCAGGGCGAAGCCAUGCUCAAGUCGAUGGACAGAGAAAUUAUUUCACUAAAGCGACAAGUACAGCAAAAUAAACAACAGUUAAGUGCGAUGAAACGCAAAGUCGGCGACACUGGAGUUGAAGAGUACAGACCUGGGGAACCACCAGCUAAAAUAAACUCUCGUUGGACAAAUGAGGAAUUGCUGAUGGCUGUCACAGCCGUUCGGAAAUAUGGCAAAGACUUCCAAGCGAUCGCGGAGAUGCUCGGCACGAAGACGGAGGCGCACGUGCGCACGUUCUUCAUCUCGUACCGCCGCCGGUACAACCUCGACGCGGUGCUGCGCGAGCACGAGGCGGACCGCGGCGCGCAUAUACAGGCCGGUACUACAAGUACGGAUUCUAAUGAAAACAAUGAAGAAAACAGCAGUAACAAUGGUACUGGAUCUCCAAAAAACACCACUGCUAAAGAUGAGAAGACGGAGGUGGACAGCGAGGGCGUGUCCAUCGGCGCGUCGGCGGAGCUCGGCGGCGCGCCCACCACGCCGCCCAAGCAGAAGAGCGCCAAGUGAUGAGCCGAAACUUGACAUUCUCGACACAUUGCCUCGCCAAGCCAUAGAUACCAGAAGAUCUAGCCUACAAAGAAGAUUAUAAAUUAAUUACACAUUUAGAAAAAGUCAAAUCGGUAGAUUCGGCAAAUUUGUUCCAUUUAUAUAUCCUUAAAUUCUUGACAUUCAUGUUAAAUAAUAGGAGAAAUAGUGACUUGACUUGUACGUCAUAUUAACAGGAUAAUUUAAGAAUAUUAAGUGUAUUAUAUACUUGUGAAUUAUUCAUAUUAUUCAUAUAAAUUGUCCUGUUAUAAAUAUCUCUAUUCAAAAUGCAACAAUAAAAUCACAGCUGUGCAGGGGUCAUGAUUAAUUGAAAUUAUGAACAAUUUAUGUUUUCCUCAAUUGUGUUGUAAUUAAAGAAGAGUAGAAUUGAAUGAUUCCGAAACUAGUUAAUUAAAUCAAAUCAAUCCUUCUGUGGUAAAUGUGGUUUACUUUUAACUAAAUGAAUGUGGAAAAAUGAAUGGUAUGCAAAAUUUUAAAAGUAACACAAAUUUAUCAUGUAAAUGGUGGAGAUAAUUGUAUACGUUAUGGUUUAUAGAAGUGGACAUGGAAAUUAAUACUGUAAAUAUAAAAAUAGGUUAGUUGUAAGAUAAUCGAUCACAAUGAUACAAAAGUAUCGAGUCUAGUUUUAGUUUUUAGUAUUUCUGGAAAUCAUUCUUUAGGUUAUAAUUAUUUCAACUUGUACAUAUAGUCUUGCCAUUUCGUUUCAGACGUAAUGUAUUUUAAAUAUUUUGCAAGUGCAUUAAAAAUGAUAAGAUUCAUACAUAUUUAACGCUUUGUAGAAGUAUUUUCAUAUUCAUUCAUAAUUAUACUAUGUAGCAAUACAGGCUCUAAAAACAAUGCUGCCGCCCGAAAUACUAUAGUACAAUAUUAAAUGUAGGUUUUAUCCAUGACUCUUUAAAUAGUUGGUUUAUUAUAUCGUAUAUUCAAACGCCACCCCUUUUGAAGUCAUGAUUGUGUUCAGAUUCAAUUGUUGUUUCUGGGGUUUCUAAACUUAAAUUCAAUGUAGUUGAAAAUCGGUAAUUUUAUGCAUACAUUUUCUUUGUACAUAUCAUAUUAUGUGUUUAAAAUAACGUAUGUGGCACUAUACAGUGUGUGUCUGAUUUAUUGUUUUGUGUGAUUUUAACAACUAGUUGUUAAGAUAUAUAAAGAUUUAAAUGUAGAUAUGUUUUCAUGUUUGUCUAAACGAUUGGUUUUCUAUGGGAAGACUAGUUUUCUAUAGGAAUAUCCCGAUCGUGUAUAAAAUUGUCCAGCUUUAGGUAUUUUUUACAUUUACAAUCUAAUGAAUGACGUACAGAAUGUACCUUUGCUUGCAAAUGGCCAAUUCAAUUGCAAAAUCUUUUUUAAUCUAUCAUAGAGAUAAGACUGCAGCAGGCGUCAGUUCUGCAAAUAUUUGAUUAAGGUCUUCAUCAAUCAGUAGCCUUGACAUUGUGCAAAUCUUAUUACAAGAAGACAGAACAGAUAGUUGAACUAAUAAUGAACAAACUGACAAGCGAUUUUUUUAAAUAAUCCACCUCAAAGCUGUAGCCUUACUAGUCUUAAAUUUAUAAUUCUCGAUUAAUGAACUUUUACACAAUAUUCACAAAUUAAAGGUUUUUUAAGAAGACCUUGAUCACUUUACUUGAGUUUAUCACAUGUUUGUAUACUAAGCAAUAUAUCAUUUAAAAUAAUUCUAUACUGUAACGUAUUUUAAUAAUCCUAGUUAGGUUUUAAAAGUUCCACAAAUCUAGUAUAUUGUCCAAUGCUUCUAGAUUAAGAUAUUAAAGCUAUUUCUAUCAAUGAUACUCAUAUAUUAACGAAAUAUAAAAUAAAAUGAAUUAUAAAAUCAUAGUUUAUCAUUUAAUGUAUGAUUGAUGAUAUCUAAGUUUUAUUUGAAAUUAUUUUACAUGAAUGUGUGCGUUUUUUCAAACUAGCCUUACUUUGGCGUAGGGACUGAAAUAUAGAUAGAAAUAAUAAUAUAUAAUGAUAAUAUUAAUGAUAUUUUUGUACACGUAAAAGACAUCUCACUACAAUGGGAAUUAUAAUCGUGUGAAAAUAGAUUGGUUAUAUGCAGAUCGGAAAUAGAUAUAAGUUAUAUUUUUAUGUAAGUUUGAUUAAAAAUUGCAUUUUAUGAAGCAUAAUCAGGAAUCGUAGGUAUAUUAAGUGUACAUCACGAAUGGAGGUUACCGAUACAAAUAUCGUCAUAUUUUGCUUUGUAUAUAAACGUGUAGAAUUAUUACAUAGUUCAGUUUACAAUUAUUGCAAUGGAAAUCUAUUUUCUCACAAAUAAUUUAAUUUGUUUGUCGCUGAUUUAAAAAAUUCAUAUUUAAUCUUACAUCUAAAUAUUUAUGCGUGAGAGGAAAUAUAAUAUACACUUUACUUACUAUUUUUAUAAGUAAAUAACCUCCUCGGCUUUCCAUUUUUCAAUUACGAUAGUAAAGGAAAGAGGAUAAAUUAUGUCGCAAAUUUGUUUGACGUGUGAGCAUUGUCCGCCUAGUGCUGAAUUGAGCAAUAUAACCUAUGUUUUUUCAUAUUGUCUAUAUUCUCUGUUUUAUUAUAAGCUCUAUCGAAUAACGUGCGAUGUAGCACUUAAUAAUAUUUUUAGUUUUAGUGUAACUAUAAUCUAUUUUGGGUCGUGGGUAUAUUUUUCUUAGUGUUUGUAAAUAUUUAAUACUUAACUUGAUACAAUUAAAAUUGUUAAUAUUAUUUUUAUGUAGUUCAAUUUCUUUACCUUUGGCUCGCGUCGAUCGAUUCACCCAAAGAGAUCCACAAUGAAGUCAUCUUAUUUAUUGAUGCUAUUCGUAGGGUUUAGUUCCAAAAAUAAAUUAUUUUUAUUUGUAUGUGUUCUGUAUAUUAGGCGGUAAAUUGGGUUAUCAAUGAACUUUUGUUAAGCAAGCUCGAUUAGUAUAGUUCGACAGCGCUUUUACAAACAAUUUAGUUUAAUCUAUUUGCAAAAUUCAGCAAGUUUGAAUUUUCAAGAUAUUAAAUAAAUAUAAGCGUAACUA